UGACUGCAAUUAUAUCUCUUCAACUCCCAUUAAAGUUCUCCCUCCCUUACCCAUCUCAUCUGAAGCCUAGUCAGCAGAGCCAACGCCUUAUAAUCUUGGAGUAUACAAAGAGAGCAUAUUCUACUUAUUUCAUAUUUUAUUUCUCAUAUUUUUAUAUUACAACCUAGCAUCAUGAACAUCUACACAACCAUAUUUAUCCUAUCUGUGUUUACAAAUACUGGUUACUCUAUAUCUUGCAGACAAUGUUUGAGUAUGACUGACAAAUCAUGUUUGGGAUCUUUGGAUUACUGUGAACCUGGCCAAAAUGCCUGCUUUUCAUCUUACACAGUUACCAACAUCGGCGGAAUUGAUAUUUCCAACAUUUUUGAAAGAAAGUGUGCAAAUCGUGAUUUAUGUAAUAAAUUUGGUAGCGUAAGCAUUACUCAUGGGCAGAUCAAGACUGUUACUUCUUGCUGUUUCACAGAUGAUUGUACUCCUCCUCAAAAAGCAUUUGAGGCUGAUUCUACUGAAAAAAACGGGGUGAUUUGUGGCGUCUGUUCAAGUGUCAGUUCUAGGACCUGCACUUCUGAAAUGGAAAUGGAAUGUCAAGGAAAAGAGACUAAGUGUAUGGCACAGACUACAGUUAUAACAGAACCUGUUUACAGUGUUCAAUCUGUCCGUGGCUGUGCAACACCAUCAAUUUGUACCAUUGGCAGCCAGACCACAAAUGUUGGAAAUUUGAAAUCAAAGACCGAGAUUUCAUGUACUGAUGGAAGUGUUGGACUAUACUGCAAUGUAUUUCUGCUCACUCUCGUUCUUCUCUUCAUCAAACUAUUUUCCUAAGCUAAAACAUUGUAUUCAUUGUAUAGAUUUAUACUCAGACGUCAAAAGCACUGUUUGUUUGUGUAUUAAGCACUGUAUGUGUACUUUAUAUAUGUACGCCUAUACGCUUUGCAACCAAAACAUAAUUUUGCAUUAAAGGGAAAUUUAAAGGACCAGUAAAUACAUGAUAACAAGACAUUGAAAUAGCACUUAGGGGUAGAUUUAACAAGCAGCGGAUGCUGCUAUCUACCCCCGUACUUUCCAUCUCACCGCAAAUGUAAGUUAAGAAGCAGCGGUCUUAAUACCGCUGCUCCUUAACUCAUCUGCCACCUCUGAGGCGGCGGACAGCAAUCAGCCCGAUCGUAUAUAAUUGGGUUGAUUGACACCCCCUGCUAGCGAAUGUGCAAGGGGCGGCAUUGCACAAGUAUUUCACGAGAAAUGUUUGUGCAAUGAUAAAUGCCCACAGCGUUUGCUGUCUGCAUUUAUCGAUGUGGGACGGACAUGAUCCAUGUAAGGAGACUGGACUGUUUAUUAAUAUAUAUAAUAUGUAUUUUUCAUAUGUGUCCCUUUUUAAAGCGGCAAUAUGGUCAGUCUACUUUUAAGGGAAGUUUUAACACAGUUGUAUGCUUAUUCUUAUAUCUAGGCUUAACAUUUUGAAUUGUAUUCUAAAGUGUAUGGAGAGCCAGUGUAGAGAUUGGCAGAGCGGAGCAGCUGAUGUAGAUUGGCAACUUAGGUGGAUGAGUCUAGCUGAAGCAUUCAUAAUAGAUUGGAGGGGGGGGGGAGACUGUGUUUGGGAAUGCCCCAUUUAGAAGUAGAUUACAGUAGUCAAUGCGUGGCAAACUGAGGGAAUUAAUUAUUAUUUUUGCAGUUUCUUGAGUAAGGAAGGGUUGAAUUCUGGAGAUGUUGCGUAGGUGUGGACAACAGGAUUUAGGGAGCGCUUGUAUAUAUGGAGUGCAAGUGAGUUCAGAAUCAAGUGUGACCUGGAGACAGCAGACCUGGAGUGAGGUGUUGAAAGUAGAGUCUCCAACUGUCAGAGAAAUGUCAGGUGUUAGAUGUCUUGAAUAGGGGGAAUAAGAAGCAGUUCAGUUUUAGACAGAUUUCCAUAGAGAUAGUGUGAGGAUAUCCAAAAAGAAAUUGCAAAGAGACAGUUGGUAAUCUGGUUGAGUAAAGAGGGAGAGAUAUUAGUAGAGGAAAGAUAGAUUUGGGUAUCAUCAGCAUAUAAGUGGUACUGGAAACCAAAGGAGUAUAUCCAAGGGAUGAUGUAUAGAGAGGAAAAGGAUUAGAGAAUAUGUGGUUAAAGGAAACUGUAAAUGAGCGAUGUAAGAGAUAUGAAACCAAGACAGGGCUGUGUCUUGAAUGCCAAAUUAAUGUAAGAUUUGUAACAGUAGAGGAUUGUCAACUGUAUCAAAAGCAGCAGAAAGACAAGAAGAAUUAGUAAGGAAUAGUGUCCCUUUGCUUUAGCUGACAGCAGAUCAUAUGUUACUUUAGUAAGAAUGGUUUCUAGUAAGAGUGGAUUGUAGUGGGUCAAGUAAGGAGUUAGACGAUUAUAGACUAGUCAUUUUAAUACUUUGGAGGCAAAGGGAAGACUGGCCAAUAGUUAAAAGGGGUGAAGGGGUCAAGUGAGGGCUUUUUAGGAUGGGUGUCACAUCCGUGCCUGGAAUUGAACCUGGGGCUCUUGAUUUGCAGCCUGUAGCCCUGUCUCUGUGCCACCAGAGGGCUUUAGCUUGUGCUGACAAUUUGGGAGACCUGUUGCCUGCACUGGUUGUGUUCUUUAGUUCCACCUGCCUGCCUUAACUCAUCAGAACUGCUAUAAAAGGCAGCCUAACAAACCACUACCUGCCCUGACAUUGUGGUUCUACCAUUCUGUUAGUGCCUCUGACCAUGCCUGAGUUCCUGUUUGGUUUUUCCCUCUGGUUCAUGAAUUUGGCUUGCCUCCUGAAUACUUUCUUGGAUAUCCCUUUGUGUGUUGAAAGAUCGGACUGCUAUUCUGGUAUACCGAACUUAGCCUUGUCUCCUUACUACUCAAACAUAUUAUAUCUGUAUUUGGUGACUUAUCAGACUGCUCUCAGGUAUCUGACUCUUGGCUUGCCUCCUGGCUAUUCUCUCAUCACCAGCCAGCCAAGACUACCUGGUAUCUUGUGUCAUCAUCCUGCCUUCUCUGGUAUCCUGCUGCUGUAUCCAAGUCCUGCAGGGGUCCCCUUCAAAGCAGUGGUAUCCUGUUUCAGUGCCUAGCCCUGCAGAGGGUGCUUGCCAAGUUAUAGUUUCCAGCUACUGCAUCCAAGCUCUGCAGAGAGUGUCUGCCAAGUGCCAGUCUCCAGCUACUGCACCCAAGCUCUGCAGAGGGGGUCUGUGUAGUUCCUGUACCCAAGCUCUGCAGAAGGUGUCUGUCAAAUUCCUGUAUCCAGUUACUUUACCCAAGCUCUGCAGAAGGUAUCUGCCAAGUACCAGUCUCCAGUUCUAGCUUCUAAGCCCUGCAAAGAGUAUCUACCACAUACCAGUAUCCAGCUAUUGUACUCAAACUCUGCAGUGGGUAUUCCUGUCUUUGGCCUCAAGUUAGCACUUCAGUCUCAACUUUAGAGUAGUUAUUCCUGUUCCUGGCCCUAUCGUGGGUACUCCUGUCUCUGCCUCAACUGGGCACUCCAGUCUCAGCCUUAGAGUGGCCAUUCCUGUUCCUAGCUCUAUCAUGGGCAUUAUAUCCGAUACAUGCUCUGGAGUGGGCACACCUGCUCACCUAUCCCGCUUCUAUUAUCUGAUCCUUCAGUGUCCUGUACAAUAAACUUGCAUUGACGGUCUGUUUCUUCAGAUAUGCCUAAAAGGGGUAGUUCCAUUAAGAAGUCCAUCUCACUGUCCCCUUUUAGUACACAAGACAGCCCUAUAACUGACACCACACAUAGACUCUAAACCCCUGAACCGACUCCUAUGAGCAUGACAAUUUUUAUGAUUGACAAUAUUUCAGGAAAUGCGCCAGGGGUAAGAGAUGAAUUAAGGCAAUGGCUAGAGAAGCAGAGAGAGAGAGGGAAGACGCUGUGCAAGCCUUUAGAGUAACUGCACAAACAAAUCCAUUUUUUUUGCAUGCAUUUGUUUAUUGUUUCUUUUUUUUUCUUUCAUUAAAGCUCACUUUGUUGAUCAUUUCCAGACAAAUCUACUGAAUAUGGACACAUUUUUAGUUUUUAUAUAUGCCCAAAUCUGAACACACAUCUAUUAUACUUAAAGGGACACUAAACACAAUUUGUAAACUACAUGAUUUUAAACCUUUAUAUAUAAGAAUAAUUUUGCAUUGAAAACUGCAGGGUUUUUUUUUCAAAUGAUUAUAUUGUUUUAUGUUUAUUCUUUUAAUUGAUUUCCCUGUCCUCCUGAACAAAAGAAACCUUGCUAGCCAAUCACAAACUAAUAUUCAGAUAUAGCACAAACUUGUUUGUAUAUAUCCAGACUGGGGUAGCCUACCCUCUGGUAUUCCCGUAAGGAGGUUUAGCACUGAAUCAACUUAGUUACUAUUGAAACGAAUGAUUUACCUAUCACGAUUGUUGAUGCAAAACUGAUAAUCCACCUUUAAAAGCAUGUGACACCAUAGACGCUUAAGGAGGGAGGGAAAAGCAAACAAAAGCUUGUAUAAAUUGCCUUAAAGUAUUAACCCAAACCUACCUGGAAGAAAGUGAAGCAAACACAUUUUUUUACAUGUACUUUACAACAAAAGACUGCAAAAUAAAUAAUGAAUGUAUACUUGCAAUAAAGAAACAUUUAAGGCAUUGUUGAAAUAUCAACUUUAAAGGAAUAGGAAAGUCAAAAUUAAACUUGCAUGAUUCAGAUAGAACAUGUCAUUGUAAGACACUUUUAAAUUCACUUCUAUUUUCAAAUGUGCUUCAUUCUCUUAGUAUCCCUUGUUAAAAAAUGAAUAUGCACAUAUCAUACACUAGUGGGAGCUGCUGCUAAUUGGUGCCUGCACACAUUUGUCUCUUGUGAUUGGCUAAAUAGAUAUUUUCAGCCUCCUGUCAGUAGUGCAAUGCUGCCCCUUCAGCAAUGGAUAACAAGAGAAUGAAGAAAAUUUGAUAAUAUAAUUAAAUUGGAAAGAUAUUUAAAAUUGUAUGUUCUAUCUGAAUCAUAAAAGAACAUUUUGGGGUUUACUAUCCCUUUAAUGGUCCUUUACAGGGGCAGGAAAUCCAACUUCAAUUUCUUGGUAUUCUUUGUUGGAAAAAUAUAAAUGCACUACUGCAUUUACUUAUUUACUUGUUUUACUAAACAUGCUUUUUUUUUUUUUAAUCUCCCAUAAAUUUAUAACAAAAAAAAAAUGCAUUGUAUUAAUUUGACAUUUUGGGUUUUGGAAUCCAUGAGUUGCAUCCGAGUAGACAAGAAAUGGAUUCAUGUCUAACAAGGGUUUCUUCAUAUUUGAAAUAAUCCUUGUGAAAUAACCGUUUUCUAGGGUUUCUAUGAACAGUUUCCUCAUAAUUUAUAGCAAAUGCAAUAUUUUGUUACUGUCAAUAUGUUAUGUAAAUACCACAAAUUGUGUAGAAUGAAAUCACAUUUCUAAACAUUUUUAGUAGUGGCUGCUCUUGUAGAAGUAAAAAAUGGCCUUACCUUGCUAUUUAUUUGGGUCCCUCCUAUAAUAAAGCAUAUUUUUGCUAUCCUUAAAAA